AUGCUGCUGUACCACCAGCAGGCGGACGUGGCGAUCUUCUCGGAGGCCAUGACGAUCUUCUCGUGCGUGGCGUCGAAGCUGUGGCGGUUCUACAAGAAGGAGCUGGAGCUCGUGUUCGAGAAGGUGGUGUUCCACAUGCUGGGCAAUAUCGGCAUGUACAAGCGGAUGGAUCGCUUCCUGAUGGAGCGGACGCUGCUCGAAACGCUGCUCGGCAUCCUGGAGAAGCCCAACGCCCUCGAGAACCUCUUUCGGAACUACGACUGCGACGUCUACUCCCUCAACAUCACCUCCAUCCUCUUCUCCAUCGUCGGUUCCCCGUUUCCCCGUCACGGCUAG